CGGGGCUAACUCGGUUCGUAAACAGCAGAAUACACGUCAGGGGGGUUUGCAGAUUCUUGUGGCUCGUUGCUGUCAUGGAGUUGCCGCAGAAAAGUGGUCGUCCUUCUUUGUCCCUGUCCUGCUGCUUGUGUGUAUUUCUUCUCCAGCUACAGGCUGCUUGGAUGGGUGACUGUCCUGCCGAUGGACGUACCUGGGUUCCCUUUCAAGACAGAUGCUACCACUUUGUCCACGGAGAGGAGGACAAACUCAAAGUGUAUAAUUUUGAGGCAGCCAAAAGCCUCUGCCCAAAAUCUGAGCUGCUGUCCAUCCAGAGUGCUGAUGAGAAUGACUUUGUGGUUAAAUAUAGUCCCGAGGUGUGGAAAGGCGAAGUCAAUCUAUGGCUUGGGAUGUAUUAUGAUACAAACAGUGAGGGCAUGAUGUGGCUUGAUGAGGAGCCGGUCAAGUUUACCAACUGGGAACCGGGCUCGUCCCCGUCGGACUUUGUGCCCAUGGAAACGUGCGUGGCUUUGCACAGCGACACGGGCAAGUGGGAACGCGUCAGCUGCUUGGAUGAUAUCGAGAACGGCAUCGUCUGUGAGACGGCUCAGACAGCGGAUGCCAAACAAAAAGGCAACGCCGUGCUGUCCGUGUUGGUCAUUCUCAGCGUCUUUGUCAUCAUGGCCGUCUCCGCCGUGCUUUGGUUCCUGUACCAGAGGCAACACCCGGGCUCCUCCAUCAUCACGGCGUUCGAGUACCACCCGCCAUUCAGAGCGCCCAACGCUGACCGCUCCUGCCUGGUGGACGCGGAGGAGUUUGACGGCGGAGCGUAGGAGGUCGUGCCCCUCCGUCCAAACGCAGCGUGGUUAGGCUGCUGCCAAAAUAUUCUGACUCGCAAUCUAAGAUGUCGCCGUAGCUACACUAACAAUCGUUCAUAUACAGAACCCUCGAGUGGCAUUCGAUUAUUCACCAGGGAUCUAAACUUUGGGCCAGAUCGUUUUUAAUGUUAUGAAUUUGGAAUGCAACAUCUCGGGCAAUUCAGUGUUACGUACAUACUUAGGAGUCUUGUCACAUUUUCAGCAACCAUUCUAGACAUUUGUUUUUUUGCACGAGGGCUCUCAGUACCCCGCCCAUGAAAUAUGACACCCUUUGUUACUGCCUUUAAUAAGCUAGUUUUUUUCCCCACCUGUCAAAAACAUGUGUCUUUUAAUUUCAGCAUAGAAGUUGUUGUGACCGCUUUAUAAAAUGACACCAGUGAUGAAUGGGAAUGAUAAAAGCCAUUUGUAUUAUGUUGAGUCCGAAAAGUUCGGAAACAUUCCCUUUAUUUUUCUACUUCUAACUGAGUCAAAGUGUUACGAUAUCCUUUCGCCUGACCCAACAGAUGGUUAUUUUUGUACCAUCAUCAAAGAGUCGUCCAGCCAUCCUGUUUGUGCUCUUGAUUUGAAGUCCGUUUAUUUCUUCACCACUUGACUAUAAAAUGGAAUUCAGUGCUGGUAGAAAAGUGCUGUGUUAUGACUGUGCUUCCAUAUGAUGCUUCUCUGCAAUGUUUUUAACAUGCAUCUAGCACAAUCUGAGCCUUAGCGGUUCCUCCUAAUUAAACAAAAUGUUUACAAGGA